CAGGCACGAUGAGCUGAACAGCCUCAGGCAGUCUGGGUUGUGUGUUUCAACAGCUAAUGAACCGAAUGUUCUACCCAGUGUAUGCGCUGUGACCCUUCAAUGUAAGCACCGCCUUGUUGAUGUCACCUAUAACGUGGAGAGGUGUAGUAAACGCCUCCUUUCGCGUCUCUGCUGUAUCGAUCACCAACCGGAAUCGGGCACCAAUCUUCGCUCUGUCCCCUGCUUUUAUUAUCUCUCAGCUGUGAAGCAAUUCACUGAGGUCGUAGUAACAAGAGUCCAGCAACUCCAGCAUUUAAAACAGGCUUAAAGCUUCCGGCAACGAGGAGAGCUAAAAACGAGAAAUUAUGCACCUAUGACUGAGCAUUGUGGAAAAUUAUUCUGGAAGCAUGACUGUUUGGUGCGUGAGGAAGAGUAGACGGCUUGUCUCUUCGCCUUGUCUCACGGUACCCGACUUCAACAGUAUUACACAGGUCACAAUGCUCAAAGUGAGUGAGAGUGGAGCGCAUCUCUUCAUGGCUUUGAUACUUGGAGUUUCCUUGUGCCCGGCGACGCACAUCAUGGGUUUUGACAAUAUUCCCAGACGGACAACACGGAUACAAGAUUUACUUGAUUACAAACAGUUCAGUCACAAUGUGUACAACUACUCCACGUUUUGGCUUGAAGAGGAACAGGGGAUCCUUUAUGUCGGAGCAAGAGAGGCCAUUUUUGCUCUAAAUACGAGUGACAUCAGUAACAGCUCCAUGAAAAUGUUGCAGUGGGAAACAAAACCCGGAAAACGAUCAGAUUGUCUAAAUAAGCGGGGAAACAAUGAGAUGGACUGUUAUAACUAUAUCCGUUUUCUGCAAAGAUUCAAUGGAACCCAUUUAUUCACCUGUGGCACAUAUGCAUUUCAUCCUCAAUGCGCCUACAUUGAGAUUAGAAACUUCAUUCGAUCAGCUAUCUUUGAGGGAAAAGAGAGGUGCCCUUAUGACCCCACAGUUGGAUACACAGGCCUCAUCGUUGACAAUAAAAUCUACACUGCCACACUCUACGGGUUCCAUGGUGGACAGGCAGAUAUAAAAAGGAACUUUCAAGAGCGCUCGUUCAGGAUGGAUGAUUCUGUUCCCUACUCCUUGAAUGAGCCAAACUUUGUCGACUCAGUGCUAUUGACAGAGAGUGUCAACAGCUCUGUGGGUGAUGACGACAAGAUUUACCUAUUCUUCACGGAGAAGCUGGGGGAAGAGAAUGCGUUUAAUGGAAAGCCCCUGGUCAGCAGAGUGGCCCGGAUCUGCAAGAGUGACGAAGGAGGAAUGAGAACUCUACAGAGGAAGUGGACAUCUUUUUUAAAGACCCGACUUGUGUGUUCCAUCCCAGAGUACGACUUCCAUUUUAAUAUCUUGAAGAGCAUCUAUGUAUUGAACCAAGAGCACUGGCAGGACACCAUAUUUUACGGAGUGUUUGUAUCCCAGUGGCAAAAUGUACGAACAUCCGCUGUCUGUCAGUACACCAUCACCGACAUCCGAAAGGCGUUUGAUGGGCCAUACAAGGAAGAUCAGGAAUCUCCGCGACGAUGGUCAAGAUACACGGACCCGGUUCCAGAGCCACGCCCCGGAUCGUGCAUUACAGAUGAAUUCAGGAGAGCAGGCUUCAUGACAUCACGUGAUCUGCCGGACAGUGUCCUGGACUUUGUGAAGAAGCAUCCACUGAUGGAUGAAGACGUCAGACCUGUGGGAGGCCGCCCACUUUUUACAAAGAAGCACGUGAACUACACAAAGAUUGUAGUGGACACAGUCACAGCACUGGAUGAUAAACAAUACAAUGUGAUGUUCAUUGGAACAGAUGAUGGUUGGAUACACAAAGUAGUGAGCUCGGAAGGCAGCACGCACAUCAUUGAGGAGAUCCAGCUCUACGAGGAGCCACAGCCUGUGGAAAGUCUGGUAUUAGCCAGAGCCCAGGGGACUCUGUUCAUUGGAUCGCAGAGUGGGGUGAUUCAGCUCCCCGUGUCGAGUUGUCGCAGUUACCCCAGCUGUUGGGAUUGCGUUCUGGCUCGAGAUCCUUACUGCGGUUGGGAUGGCUGGGUUUGCCGGGAUGUUCGGAUGGAAAAUGACAGAGCUGGGCUGAUUCAAGACAUUACGAACGGGAACAAAGGGUGUUUGGACAGCAACACACGUAUUACGAGCAGAAGAGUCCAGAAGGGAUCGGACGUUUUUUUGCAGUGCCAGCUUGGUUCGAACACAGCCAUCGUGCGGUGGGAGUUCAGUGGGAGAGAAGUCGCCAGCAGUGGUGGGACACACUACUGGCGAGAAGGCAGUUUGUUGGUGGUGAAGGAUGCACAGGUAGUUCACAGUGGAAUAUACAGCUGUCGUGCCCAGGAGAAUGGAAUGAGUUACGCGGUGGCCUCUUACAACGUCAGUGUGACGGACAGUUCAACGGCCUCACCGCCUUCCGUACCUGAGCGCCUGAUGUCCAAGGGCCAGGAGUUCAUCUACCUGAUACUGAUCGCCGUGCUGGGCGCCUUUACCUUCGUCCUGUCCACUCUGUCCAUCUACCUCUGCUGCUCGCCCACCAAGCGGGGCAACUACAACGUGCGGCUUCCCCGAGCAUCGCUGGUGGAGCUGCAGAACGUAUCCGGCACCUGCGCGGGCAGGGUCGAAGAGGGAGAGGCAGGGCGCUACGCCAGCGAGCGCUUCCUGAAGAUAAUCCCUGGGGAGGGAGCGACGGGUGGCAACCAGGCCGCCGAGCUGCUGCCCCCUCCCCCGCCCCCGCCGCCCCUCCCGCUGGCCCCCGACCCCGCCGGCGCCACCCCCAACGGCCUGCCCGGUCUCCCCCACGUCCUGCGGAAGAUGAACGGGAACAGCUAUGUGCUGCUGCGGCAGGCCAGUGAGAUGGAGUCCACCUCGCCACACUACCACUCCUUCACGGAGGAGCUGAGCAAGAUGCUGGAGAAGAGGAAGCAUGCCCAGCUGGUGGAGAAGCUCGAUGAGAGCUCAGUGUGAGAGGCGAGGCUGGAGGUGUUUCGCCAACCUCCUGAUAAGAACCCUGAAUUAUCUACCUCAUUCAGUAUUCAAGGAAGGCCCCAUUCGUGUUUCACCCCAACCUUCUGCCUCCAAGCCCCAAACCCUUCCAGACUUGUAUAGUUCACAAAAGCUGUAAAUAUGACUUUGUUUAGAUAAAGAGAUUUUAUAUGGAACCUUUAUAAUGGUGAAGGACAGAAGGAGACUAAAGUGAGACUUUGCUUGUGGCCCAAACUCUCUGCCCCAAGCAGGGAGGUUGAAUGGCUUUCUCCCAUUACUAUGUAACCCAGGGGAGAAAAUUCUCUUAAAAGGCAGUUUCCUACAAGCCAGCAGGACCAGCAUGAAGGUGAGUCUGAUGUUAAGUUUGUUUGUUACUUUUGUCUGGAGUCAUAUUUCUAGAGUGGUGAAAAUUGCAAAAAACUGAUUGUCGAUUGUGCACAUACUGUAUAUAUGUGCAAAUCUGUGUGUAAAACAGGAGAUGGUUAUUUUUUUCACUGGCACUGAAUGAGUGAGUGUUUUGGUCACCAGAUAUGGUCACUGUAGCCAGCAAAAGUGAGUGUGAGGAGCCGAGAACAGCCGAUACCCUCGCCCUUGUGGAGUGCUGGUGAUUGGGAAUGAUUUUCUUUCCUCUAGUGUUACCCUGUAUUGCAACCACUCCGUCUCCUAGACCUCACUGGUGUUGUGAGAAAAGGUUCUUUGGGCUCUCAAAGGUAGAGGACUCUGGAUACAGUCUGGCUUUCUGAGAGUCUUAGAAAUGUUCCAACCAGAUGUGUAGAAGUUGCCUUCAGUCCACACCUGGGGUUAAUUCUUAGCUGUGCUGCACUGGAACCAGGACUUGGUGUGGGACAACUUCAGGACCUUAAGGGCAUGACCUGAGGUGCAUUGCCCAUUGCAGAUGUGUGCUGGUUUAAUGUUUGUAUCAAGUGAUGCACCUUCCUGGAAGCCUUUUAGAAAGAAGAAGUAUGCAUAGUGGCCAAAAAUUCUCCAAAAAAACAUUGUCCACUCUCUGCUAAAAGGGAGCUUCAAUACCGACCCUUGCAAAUACAUAGGUUUGAAUCAAUCACUUAACAUCCUAUGUUUAUAGUCUAUAAGAACUUUUUAUAUCAACAAUACUUUGCAGUAGGUGAGAUGUCUUGGUGGGCCAAGACACGCGGGGGUGGGGAAGUACUGAUAGAUGCUGAGGUUUAAGUUGAGGUGAGAUAGGGGGACGAGGUUACUGUGCAGGAAAAUAGUGGGUGUGGUUGUGGGCUGGAUGACUGGGAGCAUGAUGUAGGAUUUAUUCUUGCGAUAGGGUUUACUCUGGCUGGGGGUAUUUAUCGCUCAUCUUAUGGUGGGUGAACAUUAAUGUGAGGUCUGGGUCACAUUAGCUUACAGCAGGUGGGGGAGGCAAGAGUGCAGGGCUCCCUUCCCUCAAGGCCAACAGUCAACCAACUGGGUUUAAGAACAGCUCAACACGAACUGUAUUGAAUCAACUCUUUGCCUCGAUGGCCGUUUCUGACUCCAGUGCAGAGACAGAGGGAACCGCAGAGAAAAGGUAAGUCAAGCAAGAUGAUCGGUUCACCUGGGGAGAGAAGGGCGGGGUAGGGAAGAAUAGGUGAAGGUGUUAUGAGAGCUGGGGAGGCCAUCACAUGUCUCGCCGUUACCUGCAGCGCCAGGUUAGUACGGGCAACGUCUCCACCAUGAGAAGUGCAGUAAGUACUCAGCAGAUCCAUGCAGUCAUUUCAAAAUGUUGGUGACUCCAGUGGUUUAAAGUGAGGACAGGAAGGGAGAGGAGGGGAAAGGACAGAGGGGAAAGUGUGAGAGGGUAAUAGAGCAAUGGGAAUACAGCGUGGGUAUCGGAGAUGGUAAUGGGACAAAUAAAGAAACACGAUAGGUCUGAGGGAGGUGUUAAUGACAACAGCAGAACCAUCACCAACAGCGUCUGUCUGAAACGGUGAACACAGUGAUUAUGAUCUGAAACACAAAAUCCUGAAAUGUGGCAGUGUCGUUCUGGGAAUGUAGCAUGUAUGGGACAGAAACAGGCCAUUCAGCCCAACAUGUUUGUUCUGGUUUGUAUUCCACCCAGUGCCCCCUUGUUCUAUCAACCCACACAGCAGAAAAGCUCCUCAAACAUUUAAAGCUUUAUUUCCCUCAGGUGAAUCUCCGAAGUCUAAGUUAUCUUGAAGGUUGCCAUAGCAUUUAUUUUGUGCUGUGAUGUGAUUGGUUCAAACUAUUUCUUGCUCAUAAGAACAAAUUUAGACUGGAGCUUUCAACAGAGGAUGGGGAGAAGGCAAGAAAGGGGUAAUAUUGGGGCUGGCGUUUUGGAUGUUGAGGUCAGUGGGGUUGGUGCAGGGAAGUGUGGGAAUGUGUCACCAGGAGAUCAGUCAUGAUCUCGUCGAAGGCCUGUUCCUGCUUCUAUUUCUCAUGCCUGCUAUCCACCCAAGUGCAUUCCAACAACAUAAAGGCCAAAAAUAAAAUCAGGAAGCAAAUCCAACUUCGAAUGAUUCCGCUGAAAAUUCCACCCAAUGAUGUGCUGUUAACAACAAAUAAAAACAGAAAAUGCUGGAAACAUUCCGCAGGUCGGGCACCAUUUUCUGUUUUUGUUUUGGAUUUCCAGCGUCUGCAGUAUUUUUUUGAUGAUCAUUUACUGUUACCCCUGGUCCCCUUCACUGUGCAGUCGUGGCUUCCGUCGAUCCGCUUGGCAGCCGACUAAACAACACAGCUGUGUCACGAAACAUGGUCGGAGUGCUUGAGUACAUCUCAGAGGUGGCCGGUAGCAAUCACAGUCAUUACUCGAUGUUGCUUUCAAGUCCCUUUGGUUUGUGAGUAAUUUAAGGUCAUUAUGUGAGCUAAAUGGAGCUCUGUUGCCCUGGAUUAAUGAGCAAUUGCAAGUAAGUCUCAUUUGUAUGCACUCUGCUUGGUGUUAACCCAUACAUUCCAGCUUGGGUAGAUGGCAUCCCUUGUCUGGGAUUGCUGCUUGGAUCCUUUAGUUAUUGCUCUUGGGCACAUCAAGUCAAAGAACAGUAUUGUUAGACACAGACAGACAAUGCCCUGUUACACGCCCAGCUGAAUACAGCACAGUGUAACGGUCCCUCUAUAUCACCCCUACAUCAACCUUCAGUAUAGCAGCACCUGACAUAUCUCCAGACAAACCGUCAAUAUUAUAACAUAGAGGUGGAAUUCAAUUAACCAAACACAUUUUGCUUAACUCUUCACAAGAGGAGACUUGCAUUCCAGCUGGAUUUGAACCCAAGUGUCCAAGGUGAAAGAUCUGUCUAUGCCCCACCAGGCCACCCAUACCUUUUGCUGUGAAACAGGCCAUUUCAACUGCAGUGAACCGGUUUGUUAGACAGUCGUCAGUGAGCCAGCCAAUGGGGUCUAAUGGGAGCCUGAUGGCAUAUGGGGUGAGAUCCUGAUCUCAAAUGGGAGGGCAGUUCGAUGGUGUACCAACACGUCAUGAUGGGGAUAUGGAACGGGUUACUGUGGCAACCCCACACAAGGCAAAGCACCAAUCAGGAAUUGAGACUAAAAGAGAGACCAGAGUCAUUGGAACCAGAAGACUUUAAACUAAUAAUCUGGCUAAAACAAAAUGUCAAAUAUUAACAAAGACCCAAAGAUACGAGCUGUACCUCUUACAACUGAGAGAAUAUUUUCAGAAUGACUUGUGAGAGUAGGGGGUAAUUGUUCCUAAUCCAUAUUGGAGUUUGUAUGAACAUAUGUUUCAUGAUCACAUUCUGUAAUGUCACCUGCUUAAUUUAUUAGUGGAUCAUUUUGUUGCUUAAUUACAUCUAAACAUUAAAUUAAUUUUUCUCUCCAUUCUUCAUUGUGCUUGUUACUUCAUUUCCUCUAACAAAAUAUUGGCAUUGUGCAUUUCCCAAUUA